AUGGGUAGAGGACCGAAGAAGCACCAGAAGCGCCUUAGCGCGCCAUCGCACUGGCUUCUCGACAAGCUGUCGGGUGUUUAUGCCCCUCGGCCGUCGGCUGGUCCGCACAAGCUCCGCGACUGCAUGCCCCUGAUCGUCUUCGUCCGCAACCGCCUCAAGUAUGCGCUCAACUACCGCGAGACCAAGGCCAUCAUGAUGCAGCGCCUCGUCAAGGUCGACGGCAAGGUCCGCACCGACAUCACCUACCCCGCCGGCUUCAUGGAUGUUAUCACCAUCGAGAAGACGGGCGAGAACUUCCGCCUCAUCUACGACACCAAGGGUCGCUUCACCGUCCACCGCAUCCAGGACGAGGAAGCCAAGUACAAGCUGGGCAAGGUCAAGCGCGUUCAGCUUGGCCGUGGGGGUGUGCCAUUCUUGGUUACGCAUGAUGCGAGAACCAUCCGCUACCCCGACCCGCUCAUCAAGGUCAACGACACGGUCAAGAUUGACCUUGAGACCGGCAAGAUCACCGACUUCAUCAAGUUCGACACUGGCGCCAUAGCGAUGGUGACUGGUGGUCGUAACAUGGGUCGUGUCGGUGUCAUUACCCACCGUGAGCGCCACGAGGGUGGCUUCGGCAUCGUCCAUCUCAAGGAUGCCAUCGACAACACCUUCGCUACCCGCGAGACCAACGUCUUCGUCAUUGGAAGCGAGAAGCCCUGGGUUUCCCUUCCCAAGGGCAAGGGUGUCAAGCUCAGCAUUGCUGAGGAGCGUGACCGGAGACGGGCCCACGCUCUGGCUGGUCACUAA